AUGAAGGACGAAAAAAGAGAAGCCGAGUCCGAAAAAUGGAUGAUCGAAGAAGAACGGGAUCAAUUUGCAUCCUUGUGGAAAGAAGCUGAUGAGGAUGCAUGUCGAUAUAAAAAAAGGCAAAAGUUUGUUAAAGGAGCGAAUGUUAUAAAAGUCGAACUAGCAAAAUCUCAACAAUGUUUAACUAUUCUCGGUGUAUUUUCUACCAAUCCUAAUACAGAAUUUGAUUUAUACAAAAAGCUCAAACAUGUUACAAAGACGUCUCAGAAAGUGCUAUCUUAUAUUAGUUUGAAAAGAUAG